AUGGAAAAAUCGAUAGAUUACUUUUUAGGAGGUCGUGAAAAUUCAACGAUAGGUGUAUCAUUGAAUACUGUUGCGAGAGCACUUGAUAGUGCUUGUAACGGUAUUUGCACUUUGAUUCAAUUCUAUGAAAGCUGCACAGUUGUCAAGCUUAGCAGGGGAGGUGGUGACGAUGAUUUCUGUAGUCUUUUAAAAAGAAUUUAUGAUCAAUUAGAAUGUGGCGACGUAAGUGGGUUGGCUGAAAAUACCGAUAAACUGAAAAUUGGUAUUAUUAAAGCCCAAGAAAUUCUCUCAGAACGUUUAAACGAACUAAGACCAUUGAGCGAUUCUGCACGAAAGACCCGGAACGCUUCUUUAAUAGCUACAGUUGCAUCCGCUGCUGCGUCCAUCGUAAAUCCAAAUGCCUUUACUUUCGCCUGUAUGCUAUCUUGUUUCGGGGUCUUUCUUGUAUCAAGUUUAGCAUUUUCAAUGAUUGAAUAUCAAAUACGAUUCCAUGAAGAAGCUCGCACAAAAAUUACAAAUUUAUACACUGAACUCAUUAAAGCUCGAGUUUCAUCAACAUAUUCAUUGGAUUCUAGGAAAUCUGGAGAAUAUGCGGAUGCAAUUAGAGCGCUUGGACGAACCCUUAAGUGCACUUGCUUUUAA